AAUAUUUUUGGCGAUAUCUGAUUGGUUGAUUCGUGUGCUCUUCUGCAGGCGGUUUGUUUGGAGCUGUUAGUUUUGGUUAUUCCUAUGGCAUGGGGCAGGUGGUUUGAUUAUAAUCAAGAGCUAUCUUCUAGUUUCAGUAGCUAAGUUUAGAUUGGUGUUUGAGGAAAAUGGGUGAUGCUACUAAACGCUUACUACAACGGCUCAUAAGACGGACACGGAUUCAAAUGCUUAAAACUACGUUGGAAAAAUGGGACCGUUUGACAUUGGCUCAGCGGCAGUCCAUGGUUUUUAUCCAGUCAAAGUCGGCGAUAACAGAAAAACUACUUUCUAUUUGCGAGGAAAAUGAGUGGACAGUUAAACACAUCGCAGAACUUGAGAUGAUACAUGUCAUGGAUAAUCCAAACCAGGGGAUGUGGUAUGCCUUUCGUCUCAUGGACCCUGAAGAUGAUGCUCAUUCUGUAGAACUGAUGCAGUUCAAGGAACAAUUUAAAUCUCUCCUCCAUGAGCUUGUAAGACAUGUGUCUGUCAAAAUAAAGAAGCAUGCGGAUGAAGCUAUAUGGAUUCGGAUUGCAUGGGGAGACGGCUUCUCUCAGCCCAACCACCUGAAACCAACAUACGUCGUUCACUAUCUUCAAACCCCUUUUGUCUUUGUGACCAGCAUCACUUCAAAGCAAAAGCCUCUUUUAUCCCAGGCCUUGACUGUGUCCACUAGACAUCAAGAUCUUAAGAAUGCUAACCUCAGUGGACGGAAACUCACUGCCAUCAGGGACCUGCUGAUGCAGCAAUAUCCACAGGUGUUUCCUACGAACUUUCCAGGCCAUACUGCAGAAAACAAUCAAAUGGAGUCCAACCCACGCAGAGUAAAAGAACAAGCCGGACUUGAAGCAGACAGACUCCGGAUGGCCCAUAAGGCCUUUGGUGACGGGAUGUUACCUGAGCUAGAGUCUGCAGUUUACGAGCUGGAGACAAAAUUUAAUGGCCAUGCCAACGGGACCAUGACAGAUCGGGAGCAGCCCUUCAGAUGUGUUGUCAAAUUUACCAGCACCAACCUCCUGGAGUCACUAAGACAGUGUGCAUCCUCAGGAAUUGUCUCUACUGUCACACCUCUGUUCUCAUCUAUUCCCCGGAGUGGAAAGAAUUAUUUUGUCAUCACAAACAAAAGUCAUGGUUCCUCCUCAAAAACCUCUAACAUCACAGAGCCACAGAUUCUUGAUUCAAAGGACUGAUGAUGUCCUAUUGUCACUUCUGAUAUGCGCAGUCCAUCGAUGCCAUGCUUAGACUUAUCUAUCAUUGACAGCUCCCUGGAUUUCAGUUCAUGUACUCUCUUUAUCAGUAGUUGGUAAAUGCCUUUUUUUUUUUUUUUUAAUCUUCUGUCUGAACAUUUAUGCCUUCAAAUAUGUCCAAAAUAAAUUUAGAAGCAAUAUAUGCAGUA